UUUAAACUUUAAAGGCUAGCAAGCACCGCUCAUCAUCAUGACAGGUGAAAAGCUACGGUCAGGGCGGAAAGACCACAACAAACCCAACAAAAACGAAGAGAUAAAGGACAUUUACGACGAGACCUCCAAUGAAGCAAACCCUAAAGGUACCGGCAACAAUUUCAAGAUCAACAACAACAAGGCUCUCCAGAAAUCCAUCGAAAGCUCGUUGCUGAAGCAGCAUCAGCAUCUCAAUGCAAACAACAUCAACGAUAACGAAGCGGUUGUUGAUAAAAACAAGAAUCCCAUCAUCCUGACUAACGAGGAGCUGCAGUUUCCUGUGCACGAAUGCGUGUUCAAAGGAGACGUGCGGAGGCUCUCCUCCCUCAUUAGGACCCACAGCAUCACUCAGAAGGAUGUGCAUGGAAACACACCUCUUCACCUGGCUGUGAUGCUCGGACAUAAAGAGUGUGCUCUCCUUCUCCUGGCCCAUAAUGCACCUGUGAAAGUAAAGAACGCACAGGGAUGGAGUCCUCUGGCGGAAGCCAUCAGCUACGGCGACAGACAGAUGAUUACUGCAGUGCUGAGGAAGUUAAAGCAGCAGUCCAGGGAGAGUGUGGAAGACAAGAGGCCAAAAUUACUCAAAGCUCUCAGAGAGCUUGGGGACUUUUACCUAGAGCUCCAUUGGGACUUUCAGAGCUGGGUUCCUCUGCUGUCCCGGAGGCUGCCGUCGGACGCCUGUAAAAUCUACAAGCAGGGCAUCAAUAUCAGACUCGACACCACCCUGGUAGAUUUCAAUGACAUGAAGUGUCAGCGUGGAGAUCUGAGCUUCAUUUUCAACGGCGAUGCGGUUCCUUCUCAGUCCUUCGUGGUUUUGGACAACAAAGCAAAAGUUUACCAAAGAGUACACCACGAGGAGUCCGAGAUGGAAACGGAGGAGGAGGUGGACAUUUUGAUGAGCAGUGACGUCUACUCUGCAACGCUGUCCACCAAGUCCAUCACUUUCUCUCGCAGUCAGAUCGGCUGGCUCUUCAGAGAGGACAAGACGGAGAGGGUGGGAAACUUCCUGGCUGACUUCUACGCAGUGAACGGCCUGGUGCUGGAGUCCCGAAAGCGGCGAGAACAUUUAAGCGAGGAGGACAUCCUGCGGAACAAAGCCAUCAUGGAGAGUUUGAGUAAAGUCGGCGGCAUUGGCGAACAGAACUUUGAGCCGGUGAGGAGGAAGUCCCUCACGGCGCCGACCCCCAACACCAUUUCUUGGGAAGAGUACAUAACCGCCGAGCACGGAAAGCCGCCUCAUCUGGGUCGGGAGCUUGUGUGUAAAGAAAGCAAGAAGAACUUCAAAGCCACCGUAGCCAUGAGUCAGGAUUUUCCUUUAGGCAUUGAAUCGUUACUAAAUGUGUUGGAAGUCGUCGCUCCUUUCAAGCACUUCAACAAACUCCGAGAGUUCGUUCAGAUGAAGCUUCCUCCUGGGUUUCCUGUCAAACUCGACAUCCCCGUCUUCCCCACCAUCACGGCGACCGUCACCUUUCAGGAAUUCCGCUACGAUGAGUUCGAAGAGUCCAUCUUCGUCAUCCCAGCGGAGUACAAGGAAGACCCCACCCACUUCCCUGACCUCUGACCUGUAAAGGGAACUGACGUGAAACCUUCAAGCGGCUCAGAGGGAAUGAGGAAGAACUGAAAACCCUUGAAUGAUCUAAAUAUUCUUAUCCUUUAGCUGUUUAAGAAGGAAAAACAAAAAUCUUUCAUCGAUCAUUUAUUCUGCUGAUGUAUCUAAAGCCAGUCGAUCAAAGACGACAGAUUAAUGGGCACUGGCAGGAGAUUUUCUGCUUCUCUACUGUGAAAGUUUUAAAAUGACAAACCUCAUGCACCUCAUGGCCACGCCCACCCUCCUGACCUGCAAGGACUUUCUUGAUCCUGAAACUGCACUGACACGCUCAUGUAAAUAAUUGAUGUUGCAUCUUUAUUUCACGGCAAAGGAAAUCACAGAUCUAGCUAUAACCUUAGACUGAGCUUUGAUUGAAUAUAUAUAUAUAUGAACUCAGAAGGAGUAA